AGGUGGGACACAGUCUGUAGUGAGUAAUUGUUGAGAAGAGACGAUACCAUUUUGUGAAAAACGUACUAACCAUUUUCAUUCAACUUCAAGUGUGAUCGACUAAAAAUGAAAAGUUCCGUGAUUUGUUUGGUUGCUCUAACAUUGUGUUGUGUGAGUACUAAUGCAGCACCACAAUCGACCUAUCAACCGUUGCAACCAUUUCAACCAUUUCAACCAUUUCAACCAUUCAUAAGUUUUUUUCAAAAUUUUCCUCGUCCGCCAUUUCUCAGACCGCAAGUUCAAGUGAGUCAACCAUCUGUUGAAUCCGUACCGGUCCAACCACCACCAGCUCAACAUCCUCAACAAUUAGUUCAAACACAAUCACCACAAGUUGUUGAAGUUCCAACACGUCAAAACGGGUGGUUCUGGCAAAAUUGGGCACCACUACCAUUUUGGAAUAUUCCACAAUAUAGUCAAGAUGGACCAACGAUCAUUAUUGUCUCCAACAAACCACCGAAAAUACCAGCUUCGGAAAAUUCAAAUUUGAAUCAAACGGUUUCGCAAACUACGACAACUACAACGGAAAAUACUGUCUCGACUACUAUUUCGACUUCAGCUCCGACUACUGAAGCCCCAACUCAAGCAACUUCAACUGAAAAUGCCACCAAUAUGCCAGAACUUGGUUUGACUGUUGUGAAUCAGCCAGUACCUUUGGCUCCAAUGGAAUCACUCAAACCCAAUGUAAAAACACAAUGAGAGAGAAAUCGUAGUUCCCAAUUUAAUUAUCGUUCAAAACCAAUUUUUCACACCUUUUCUACGUUGUACAUAAAUUAAAUAAAAAGCAAACGAAAUCACAUUUAAAUAAAAAAUUUCUAAAGUGUUCUACUUUUGAUUCACGGCAACCACAAAA